UGUCUGGUUCUUUGCCCCGAAAGCAAUCUCUCGGCACUCAAAAGUCUCAACGCAGAGAUCAAAAUCAAAUGCUGGUGCAGCUUUCAAAGCCUUUCAUAAUAAUAGGGUUUUAGAUCUUGGGAGGUGAGAAGAAAAAAAGAAAAAGAAAACAUCACUGUAAACCGUAAGUAAAUUUUGGUUAUGGAUGAAACUGUACGGCCACUACUAUACGAGACUCGUCGUCACGUUUCUCGCCCUUACACUCCCAAUUAUCCUCCUCAACAGGCAAAUGAAGGUGCUAAAGGCAGCAUUCGGUCGCUGCUAUCAGUUCGAGGUCUGAGUCAGCUGAAAGAGAAAUUGACAGAGUACAAGCAACCAAAAAAGUUGAAAAAAUUGACAUCCUUAUUUGUGUCCCCAAGAGGCGAGCGUGUGGCUGUGGCUGCUGGAAAUCAUAUAACGAUCUUGCGCAAGGAGGAUGACUACACUGUGCCAUGUGGCAUUUUUGCUGGUAGCAGCCUUGUUACAUUUACAACUGGAGCUUGGUCAGAAAGUCAUGAUAUUCUUGGAGUUGUUGAUGACACAGAUACAUUAUAUUUUAUCAAAGCAAAUGGUGAAGAGAUAACAAGGAUUAUGAGGAGGCAUUUAAAAGUCUCUUGUCCAAUUAUAAGCCUAAUUGCAGACGAUGAUUCCGAUGUACAGAGAUCGUGCUUGUGUAGCUUCGGUAUUUUUACAUCUGAUGGUUCCCUUCAGCAUAUCGAGAUCAGUCAGGACCCAAAUGCCUCUAUCAGUUCUGCAUGCACCUCACGUAAUGGCUUAACUCUAAACGGGCAGUCUCCUCACAAUAUUUUCUGUGUCGACUAUCAUCCGGAAUCAUUUUUGGUUGUUGGUGUUAGUGAUUCUGUCAGCAUCCCUAUAACUUCCGGUGGAAAUUCUGGAUCUUGUAAUCUUUCUCUUUGGCGUAGAAGUAAGAUCAUGGAUUUAGAGCAUUUGUGCUCUAUUCAGUUUGAGGGUGUAUUUUCCAAACCUAAAGGCUAUAGAGGUUUUCUAACAUAUCCAAAGGUGCUGAUCUCACCACAAGCCAAAUUUGUUGCUACCCUAGAUGUAACAGGAUGCUUACACAUUUUUAGGCUAGAUAAAGAAGUCUUCUCAUUAUCAAAUUUUACUAGCAGAGAGAGACUUGGCUCACAGGUUACCGAUAAUUUGUCAAAUGGAGGGAAGGAAGUCCUAAGUGAUAUUUUGGAUUUUACGUGGUGGUCUGAUCAUAUUCUAACCAUUGCAAAAAGGACUGGCAUUCUUUCCAUGCUUGACAUCCUUGAUGGUUCAAAACUUAAGGAAAAUGAUCCUUUAUAUUCUACGACCGUUUUAGAAAGAAUGCAGCAGUUUCAAGGAAACUUAUUUCUUUUGGAGUGCAUAUCAUCUAGCAAGAGAGAGAACCUAUCUAAUGAUAAAGGAAAUGAUGAUUCACACUGUAUAGAGCAGAUAACUGACCACAAAUUUGACCACUUUGAUAUUUCUAGGCUGAGCUGGAGUUUGAUGUCAUUUUCUGAGAGAUCCAUAAAUGAAAUGUAUGGUAUUCUUAUUAGCAAUAAAAAUUAUCAGGCAGCCCUUGAUUUUGCUGAUUGUCAUGGGUUGGAUAAAGAUGAAGUCAUGAAAUCACAGUGGUUGCAAUCAGCCCAAGGAAUAAAUGAAAUAAGUUUGUUUUUAUCAAAAAUUAAGGAUCAAGGUUUUAUACUUAUGGAAUGUGUAGACAAAGUCGGACCAACAGAAGAUGCUGUGAAGUCUCUGCUUGAAAUUGGGCUGCGCUUAACUAAUCAGUAUAGGUUUUCUGAACAAGAAGAUUAUGAAUGUAGCCAAAUUUGGGAUGUCCGAAUGGCAAGACUUCAGUUAUUGCAAUUCAGAGACAGAUUGGAGACAUAUAUUGGGAUAAACAUGGGCAGAUUUUCUGUGCAGGAGUAUGCCAAAUUUCGUGUUAUGCCUAUCAAUGAAGCUGCUGCAAAACUUGCUGAAAGUGGAAAAAUUGGAGCCUUAAACCUCCUGUUCAAGCGGCAUCCUUAUUCGCUGGCUCCUUUUAUUUUGGAGAUUUUAGCUGCUAUCCCUGAAACACUUCCUGUACAAACAUAUGGGCAACUUCUUCCUGGGAGAUCUCCUCCUGUGAACACAGCUGUGAGGAAGGAAGAUUGGGUUGAAUGUGACAAGAUGGUAACCUUUAUUAAUAGCUUACCUGAAGAUCAUCAGGUUGGUAUCCAAAUGCAGACUGAACCAAUUGUCAAACAAUGCCUAGGAUCUGUUUGGCCAUCGAUUAAUGAACUUUUAACAUGGUACAAGAAUAGAGCUAGAGAUAUUGAUAAUUUAAGUGGGCAGCUAGAUAAUUGCCUUUCCUUGCUUGAUUUUGCUAAUCGCAAAGGCAUCUCUGAGUUUCAGCAGUUCCGUGAGGAUAUCUCAUACCUACAUCAACUUAUUUACUCUGAUGACAGUGAUGGUGAAAUAAGUUUGAGUCUUGUUACAUGGGAACAAUUAUCUGACUAUGACAAAUUUAGAAUGAUGCUCAAGGGAGUUAAAGAAGAAAAUGUUGUUGACAGACUUCGUGAUAAAGCUCUUCCAUUUAUGCGGAAUAGGCUUCAUUAUACAAUCUCAGCCUCUCAAGGUCAGGUGACAGAGAACCAUCUUACUACAAAUCUUAAUGAGGCUGACUCAUUUCUGGUUAGAUGGCUGAAAGAAACUGCUUCAGAGAAUAAAUUGGAUAUUUGCUUAAUGGUGAUAGACGAGGGAUGCAGAGACAUUCAAAAUAACAGCCUUUUCAACGAUGAAGUUGAGGCUAUAGACUGUUCUCUGCAUUGCCUUUAUUUGUGCACAGUAACGGAUAAGUGGAGUACCAUGGCAGCAAUAUUGUCAAAGCUUCCACAAAUGCAAGGUAGUAAAAUAUCACAUGAGGGCCUAGAGAGAAGACUGAAACUGGCAGAAGGCCAUGUUGAAGUAGGAAGGAUUCUGGCUUUUUACCAGGUCCCAAAACCAAUGAAUUUUUUCCUUGAGUCUCAUGAAGAUGGGAAAGGUGUAAAGCAAAUUCUUCGCCUUAUACUUUCAAAAUUUAUACGCCGACAACCUGGUCGAUCAGAUAAUGAUUGGGCAAACAUGUGGCGUGAUAUGCAGUGCAUCAGGGACAAAGCAUUCCCUUUUCUUGAUUCAGAGUAUAUGCUAAUGGAAUUUUGCAGGGGAUUGCUCAAAGCAGGGAAGUUUUCUCUUGCUAGGAAUUAUUUAAAGGGUACACAUUCAGUUACUUUGGCAUCAGAGAAGGCUGAAAAUCUUGUCAUUCAAGCUGCAAGAGAGUAUUUUUUCUCUGCUUCUAGUCUUUCUUGUCCUGAAAUCUGGAAGGCUAAGGAGUGCUUGAAUUUGUUUUCUGGCAGCAGAACUGUGAAAGCAGAGUCUGAUAUUAUUGAUGUAGUUACAGUUAAACUUCCCAGUCUAGGUGUGACACUUCUGCCAAUGCAAUUCAGGCAAAUAAAAGAUCCAAUGGAGAUCAUUAAAAUGGCAAUCAAAAGUCAAACUGGAGUAUAUUUACAUGUCGAUGAUCUUAUUGAGAUUGCCAGACUUCUUGGGUUGAACUCUCUAGAGGAUGUAUCAGCUGUUCAGGAAUCUAUUGCUAGAGAAGCUGCUGUUGCUGGUGAUCUGCAAUUGGCACUUGAACUAUGCCUUGUUUUGGCCAAGAAAGGACAUGGUCCAGUUUGGGAUUUAUGUGCUGCCAUAGCAAGAGGUCCUGCACUUGACAAUAUGGAUAUUAAUUCACGAAAGCAGCUACUAGGUUUUGCUUUGAGCCAUUGUGAUGAGGAAUCCAUUAGUGAAUUGCUGCAUGCAUGGAAGGAUCUAGAUAUGCAAGGUCAAUGUGAGAUAUUAACGAUGUUGACAGGGUUGACUUCCCCAGACUUUUCAAUUCAAGGUUCCUCAAUUAUCUCGCAUUCAGUUUGCAGAAUUCAAGAUUUAGCUGACCUAAAUGAUUGCUUUGAUGUGGUUGAAGGAUCUAGCCCUGAUGAUCAGGAAGUACAUAUCAGUAAUGUUAGAAAAGUUAUUUCUGUUGUUGCUAAAAACUUUCCAAUUGAGAAUGGAAGCAAUUGGGAAUCAAUUUUGAUAGACAAUGGAAAAAUUUUGUCUUUUGCUGCUUUACAACUUCCAUGGUUGCUUGAACUAAGUAAAAAAGCAGAAUUUAGUGAAAAGUUGAUUCCUGGAAAGCAAUAUGUAAGUGUGAGGACACAGGCUGUAUUGACUAUUCUGUCCUGGUUGGCAAGAAAUGGCUUUGCUCCCAAAGACAGCUUGAUCACCUCUCUGGCAAAAUCAAUUAUUGAACCACCUGUCACUGAAGAGGAAGACAUAAUUGGCUGCUCCUUUCUGUUGAAUUUGGUGGAUGCCUUUAAUGGGGUUGAAGUUAUAGAAGAGCAGCUUAGAAGACGGAAGGAUUACCAAGAAAUUUGUAGCAUCAUGAAUGUGGGGAUGCUAUAUUGUUUAUUACACAACUCAGGAGUUGAAUGUGAAGGUCCUACCCAACGGAGGGAACUGCUACUGAGGAAGUUUAAGGAAAAACACAAAACACCUAGUACUGACGAAAUUGGAAAAAUUGAUGAGGUACAGUCUACAUUCUGGAGAGACUGGAAACUGAAAUUAGAACAACAAAAGAGUGUUGCAGAUCAUUCCCGAGCAUUAGAGAAAAUAAUUCCUGGAGUUGACACUGCACGCUUUCUGUCUGGGGAUUCCAAAUACAUUGAGAGUGUUGUUAUCUCCUUAAUUAAGUCAUUAAAGUUUGAGAAGAAGCAUAUUUUGAAGGAUGUUUUAAGAUUGGCAGAUACCUAUGGCUUGAAUCGAACAGAGGUGCUAAUACAGUAUUUCAGUUCUCUCCUUGUUUCCGAAGCCUGGACCAAUGAUGAUAUUAUCCGUGAAAUCUCAGAAUUCAAAGGAGAGAUAGUUGGCUUUGCUGUUGAGACCAUCAAAACUCUUUCCCUGAUUGUCUACCCUGCUAUUAAUGGGUGCAACAAGUUGCGACUUGCAUACAUAUUUGGCCUCCUCUCUGACUGCUACCUGCAGCUGGAAGAAAGCAACAAGUCAUUGCCAAUGAUACACCCAGAUCAAGCUGGUUUAUCUAAUAUUGGAUUUUCUCGAUUUUAUAAGGUAAUUGAGCAAGAAUGCAGAAGAGUUUCAUUUUUGAAGAACCUUGACUUCAAAAACAUUGCUGGAUUAGGUGGUUUGAACUUUGAGCACAUAAGUCGUGAAAUCUUUAGUCACCUUGAUGAUAAUAGCUUGGAAGCAUUGGCAAAGAUGGUAGAAACCCUUGGUGGUAUUUAUAGUGACCCAGUGUCUGGUCUCAUAUCGUGGCAGGAUGUCUAUAAACAUUAUGUCCUGAGUAUGUUAGGGACUUUAGAGAGUAAAGCUAGAAAUGAAUUGGUCAUCAGGAAUCCCGAAAACGUUCAGGGCCUAAUAUGUCAACUUGAGCAAAGCUAUGAAAUUUGCGGAAAGUAUAUCAGGCUCUUGGCACAUGCAGAUGCUCUGGACAUUGUGAAGCGGUAUUUUACAGUAAUAGUACCUCUUUAUGGUUAUUGUGACACUCUUCCUGAUAACUCAACAUGGCAGGACUGCCUUAUAAUCCUCUUAAACUUUUGGAUGAGGUUAGCUGAUGAAAUGAAGGCAAUCACAUCCGAGGAGAGUGCAGGAGAAAAUCUCGGGUUCAAUCCAGAUUGCCUAGUAAGUUGUCUAAAGGUUUUCAUGAGACUGGUGGUGGAGGACAUUAUUGCACCAAGUCAGGGCUGGGGAACGGCUGUCGGUUAUGCCAAUUAUGGGUUGAUUGGUGAUUCUGCUUUUGAAAUUUUCAUAUUCUGCAGAAGUAUGGUGUUUUCUGGUUGUGGGUUUGGAGCUGUUGCAGAAGUAUUUUCUGAAGCAGUAUCACAGUCUCCAACCAAUCUCAGUUUGGCUGGUAAAACUGAAAUCCAAGAUCUUCCUCAUCUGUACUUAAGUCUUUUGGAACCCAUUUUACAAGAUUUGGUGGUCGGUGAAUCACAAGAACACCAGCAUUUAUAUCAUUUACUUUUCUCUCUGAGUAAAUUAGAAGGUGAUAUGGAGGAUUUGAAGCUGGUCAGGCUAAAAGUUUGGGAACGAAUUGCCAAGUUCUCUGAUAAUCUGCAGCUGCCAGGUUCUGUUCGUGUUUACGCUUUAGAGCUCAUGCAAUUCCUGACGGGUACAAAUGUCAAGGGUUUUUCUGCUGAGAUUCAAUCCAAUCUUACACCGUGGCAAGGAUGGGAUGAGGUGCACUACAAAAAUGAAAAAAGUGAAACUAUUGCCAGUGAGGGGUUGACAGACCAUAAUGAUAUAUCUGCCACGCUUACAAGUACAUUGGUUGCACUUAAGUCAUCUCAGCUCGUGGCAACCAUCAUGCCCACCAUGGAAAUUACCCCUGAUGAUCUCUUAAAUUCAGAGACAGCCGCUUCUUGCUUUUUGAAGUUGUCUGGUGUCACCCAAACUGAUUCCCAUAUUGAUGCUUUGUUAGCUAUUUUGGGGGAGUGGGAAAGGCUUUUCAUGGCAAAGCAAGAUGAGAAAGUCUCCGUCGAAGCAUCUGAUGCAGGAAACGGUUGGAAUGAUGACAACUGGGAUGAAGGUUGGGAAAGUUUCCAGGAUUUAGAACCUCUCGAGGAAGAAAAUAAAGGGAGCUUCCCUUCUGUUCACCCUUUACAUGUUUGUUGGAGGGAGAUUUUCAAGAAACUUAUAAUGUUUUCUCGGUUUAAAGAUGUGCUAAGACUAAUUGAUCAAUCUAAUGCAAUAUUGCUCAAUGAAGAUGGUGCAAGGAGUGUGAGCCAAGUUCUACUUGAAAAAGAUUGUUUUAUGGCUUUGAAGUUGGUUCUAUUAAUGCCAUACGAAGCAUUACAGCAACAAUGCUUGGUUUCUGUUGAAGACAAGCUGAAACAAGGAGGAUUCACAGACGCAAUUGGUCAGGACCACGAGUUGUUAAUGCUGAUAUUAUCCUCUGGAAUCAUAUCUGGUAUCAUCUCAGAAUCAUCCUAUGGUACCACUUUUUCCUUCAUCUGCUAUUUAGUUGGGAGCUUCUCUCACAAGUGUCAAGAAGCCCAAUUAUAUAGGAUUACACACAAAGGAUCGAAAGAAGGUGAUGACAAUGAAAGAGACUUGCAGGUUUUCAGGAGGAUCCUUUUCCCCUAUUUUAUUUCCGAGCUUGUGAAGGCGGAUCAGCAACUUUUAGCAGGACUUAUUGUUACAAAAUUCAUGCACACAAAUGCAUCACUAAGUCUUGUUAAUAUCGCAGAGUCCAGUCUUACUAGGUUCUUGGAGAGGCAGCUUCAUGUACUGCAAAAUGAUAAGUUGGUUCUUGAUGAGCUGAGUUCACAUCAAGCGUUAAAGAAUACGGUUUUACGCAUGACAGGCAAACUUGAAACUCUCAUUCAAUCUGCAUUGUCAUCACUUUCUACCAAUAUUAGAUGAGAAAGAAACUAAGAAGAUUUUCUUUUCUUUAUCAAAAUCAUUGAUGUAGCAUUUGAAAGUUGUAUAUAAAAUGAGAGAUUGGAAUUUUGAUUUCUUUUUUUAGA